AUGUGUUUUCAGGAACGAAAGAGGGUGCAGGAGGAAAAGGAGAGGAAGAAAGCCGAGGUGCGAGCCCGGCUUGAGGCCGCUGCCCAGGCUAAGAAGGGUGGCAAGAAAGGUUUCAUGACCCCCGCCCGUAAGAAGAAACUAAGGACCCUUUUGAGGAAAAAAGCCGCCGAAGAAUUGAAGAAGGAACAGGAAAGGAAAGCAGAAGAGAGGAGGAGGACCAUCAACGAGAGGUGCGGGCCUUCUAAGAACCUUGACGGCAUCAAUGAAGCUGCCCUGCAGGCCAUCUGCAAAGAGUACCAUCAGAGGAUCAUGAAGCUAGAAGACGCUAAAUAUGAUUUGGAAUACGCUGUUAGACAGAAGGAAUUUGUGAUCAACGAAUUGAACAUGCAAGUCAACGAUUUGCGAGGAAAAUUCAUCAAACCACCUCUUAAGAAAGUAUCCAGAUUCGAAUACGGAAAAUUCGAGAAACUGAUGCGAGCAGCCAAGAAGGCUGAUCACAGCUUCCGAGCCAACCUGAAAUCUGUUGGACCUUCCACCAAGUUCAAGCUUGAUGAGGAUGUUAAGGAGGCCAAACCCGACUGGGCUUUGGGAGCCAAGAAGGAGGAGAAAGCAGAAGAAUAAGGUCUUUUUCAACGUUCCACUUGCAGAAUUCAGCAAAAAUAUUUUUUCUCACGUAUGUUCACUUUAUACCGCCGCAAAGAUAACUUCUACCACUGAAAAAUGGGGUAUGAAGUCCAAACAGCAUCUAAAUAAACAAUACUGCAUUAUAUUUUCAAGCAUGUGCAUCAUGAACUGCCAGCAAUCAUGAAAUUCCAGGAAUUCUGUAUCAACUGGACCGAUGAGUUGUACUUAUCUAUUCAAAAGUGUCGAGUUUGUAUCGACUGCCAAUGUGGAAAGAUUGUAAUUAACGUGCUCGUAUUCAGUACUAAAAUUUUGUUCCAUCUUUUCUUCACAAAUGUAUGAAUAAAUUUAAUGUUCCUUGA